UCCUUUUCUGAGUUUUCUCCUUACCUUCUGGUGGUGCUGAAUGCCAGACCCAACUUGACCUGACGUCACCUGAGAAAACGAUCCAUAUUCAAAUCUGUACAUCAAGAAAUCAAAACGAAAAGAAGAAGAAGAAGAAGAAGUGUGAUGGUUGUGCUGUUAUCUGCUUCUUUGGUCCGAAUGCCCACACAGUUCACAUGCUUUACUCUCAAUGCAGGUUAUUCCGAUGUUCGGCACCACCAUUUCUUGACUGGCUCAAGUUCCCUAUCAAAUUCAUGGGUCAAUUUUCAUUCACCGAUUGCUAACAAUUACAAGGCAACCCUGCUGUUGCAACGCAAUUCUUGUGUCGCAAUGUGUGCUUCUCAUUCCUCUUUGACGCCGUCGUCUUUUGGGUCGUACCAGAAAUCGAAGAGUGUGUGGAUUUGGACAAAAAGCAAAGAGGUCAUGACUGCCGCCGUGGAGAGAGGAUGGAAUACCUUUGUUUUCUCAUCCCAGCAUCGACAACUUGCCAAUGAGUGGUCUUCAAUCGCCUUAAUAAGUCCUCUCUAUAUUGAAGAGGGAGGCAUUUUUGAUGGUGAGAAUAGAAGGGUUGCCACAAUUUUUGAGAUUUCAAAUCCGCAAGAGUUACAGCAGCUCCAACCCGCAAAUGGACAGGCAGAGAAUGUUGUAAUCAAUUUGCUAGAUUGGCAGGUAAUUCCUGCAGAGAAUAUUGUUGCUGCAUUCCAAGGCUGUCAAAAAACAGUUUUUGCUAUCUCAAAAAAUCAUUCUGAAGCACAAGUCUUCUUUGAGGCCUUGGAGCAAGGUCUGGGUGGAGUUAUAUUAAAAGUUGAAGAUACUGAAGCUGUUUUUCAGCUCAAGGACUAUUUUGACAGAAGAAAUGAAGUGAGCAAUCUCAUGAGCUUGACCAAAGCUACUGUAACUCAAGUUCAAGUAAUUGGAAUGGGGGAUCGAGUUUGUGUGGAUCUCUGUAGCCUGCUGAGACCUAGUGAAGGACUUCUGGUUGGAUCUUUUGCCAGGGGAUUAUUCCUUGUGCACUCAGAAUGCUUGGAGUCAAAUUAUAUUGCAAGCAGGCCUUUUCGAGUUAAUGCGGGACCAGUACAUGCCUAUGUUGCCAUUCCAGGAGGAAAGACUUGCUACCUUUCUGAGUUAAAAGCGGGCAAAGAGGUCAUAGUGGUUGAUCAAAAAGGCCAACAACGAACUGCAAUUGUUGGGCGAGUGAAGAUAGAGACUAGACCACUAAUUCUUGUUGAGGCAAAGAGAGAUUCAGAUGACCAAACUCUUUACAGCAUCCUUCUACAAAAUGCAGAAACUGUUGCCCUUGUUUGCGCCUGCCAAGGGGCCGGGCUACAAAAAACAGCAAUUCCCGUGACCUCACUCAAAGUUGGAGAUGAAGUUAUGCUGAGAGUACAGGGAGGGGCACGUCAUACAGGAAUAGAAAUUCAAGAAUUCAUUGUCGAGAAUUGAAUGAGCAAGAUGGCAUAUGCUCUGGCUGUGAUGCAAAGAGAGAUUGCUUAUAUAUAUACACACUGCAUCUCUCACAGAUAUAAUAAGAUAAAUUCCGCAUGAAAUACCGUAGCUGCUCCACCAAAACCAGAUUUGAGAGUCGCUGUGGCACUGUCUCAUUCACGUCAGCGUGUAAGCUUGUCUUUGUACCCCAAGCUAUUUUUUGACUGUGCCUAUCUCAAAGUGUUGAAAUAGAUAAUGACCAUUUCAAGUUUCAACAAUCCUGCGGGACAAUUUCAAUGCAAUUUCGUGAGACUUAUUGCGUUGGAGGACAUUCAUUCAACGUCAACACAAAAUAAUUCACUCCCA